AUGUACGACGAAAGGCCUGCAAGUGUCCCGGAGUACAGUGACGCGACCUCCGGAGACGAACCCUCCAUCGAAGCAGAAUAUUGGUGCGAUACAUGCGGUCCACUGCCACGAAUGUGGUAUCACCCAGCGGAUCUCGGACUGGAUACAUCACAGGAGUGGGCCCAGACGUACAUCCCUUAUCCCUUUGAAUGUGCGGGAGAUGCGGCAAGGAGAAUCCGGGAGGCGCUGGAACAUCAGGCGAACGAUCCAGCAGGACGACGGUUCGUUAUGACAUCAGUUCAGUCUCAAACGCGCGCUCUUCCUCUCCUUCAACUCCAAGAUUCAGCGAUCCCUGACUGCAACACAAGCGAGGAUCUUUCGCACGUCCAGGAUGAGCAGGACGUAUUCACAUCACUUCGGCUCGAUAAUUGUGACGCGAUGUCACAUCCUUUCAACGCUGAAGAGGGCGGCACUGAUAUUACGGAACCUAUGGCUCUCGCUGCGGGGACAAAUUCGCUAGUCGGAUCGCUAGUCGGAUCCCGCGUGGAUGUCUCUGAAUUGGCCGUAGCGAGGAAGGACGGGGUGGACUUCCAAGGCUCCAUGUCGCGAUUCAGCAAGCACACAUCCAUGCGCACUCUUGACUUGACCGUCAACUCGGAAUUGAUGUUGAAUUCAUCUUCCUCGUUCAGCAAUUACGCAACGGAGCCAUCCGCGGACAAUGCGUUCCCAUCGAGCAGCCGAGAGAUAAUGGGAGGCUGGAGCCAGAUGUAUAGCUCUCCUCCACGAUAUCCAGAAGAUGCUGUGCAGCGUACUCGCAGUACUCGCGAAAACGUACCUUUCUACCAAGACCCAUCCAGCGCAGACACUAUAGCAACGGUUGAUGAUUUCUUCAACGUGCAUCCAGCAGAAGCGCACAUCGCACAAGGUAUUCCGCAAAUUAAACCGUGGCAAGCACCUGCGAUGUCAGAGUUUCCUUCAGGAUUCACAGGGGACACCAUUCGUGGUACUACUCAGUAUGCAACGUAUAGCGAAGCUUCCCCACAAUAUGGGUUCUUGGCGCCCACGUGGGGACCGAGCCUCGCCGGAACGCUCGAAACAAGGCUACCAAUACACCCGCAUUCGGACCCAGCUGCGAGUAACGCAUCGAGCUCGACAUCACGCCCGGCUCCUACAUGGACACCUAAUCAUUGGAGGUGGCUCGAGUUCAGAUUCCCCUUCACAGGUCCGGCGCUUCCUGUGGAGGUUUGGGACAUGGUGCUUGACUGCCUUGUCGGUGCGGAGCCUUGGGAGCUUCGCAGGCUCUCACUCGUUCGCAAGCACUGGUGUACCAGGUGCAGACCCUAUCUGGUGCGGAACAUCGUGUUCAACAACCGAGGCGAUGUUCUUCGCGAGCAUCGGACAAGACGUCGCGAUUGGGCAGGGCCACGCUAUGUGACUAUCGUAGGUACAGAGAACACGAGGUCGCUCAGCCACCUCGGCUUUGUGGCAGCCCUGUUUGGUCCCAGGUGGCCGAACGUGCGCCACGUGGUUAUCGAACAUGGGAACUGGCGGACGGGCGACUUCCAUCAGGACGUAUUCCAUCACCUGCAUACCUUGCUCAGGUAUAUUCAAUUUGUGAGAAUUCACGAUGUCACGUUUCCAUCGGGUGCCAUUCUUCGCGGCCUCGCCUCCCAAUUACGGUUUGUCGGCGAUGAUAACCGGUACCCGAUGGUCGCUCUCGCACAAGUAAGGUUUGAGGACGCAUCGAUGCCUCCCACCUCCCUCUCAUGGGUACGUAAUCGCCAUCGUCCCGGUAACGGUGACUAUGCAGUCGUUACAUAUCAGCUUGACGACUUGGAUGCCACCUCCCUUGAUGUCAUCGCAUAUUGGCUGCUUGCCGCUCCGGACAAGGAUCAUGAGUUGUUUGUGGAGACAGCACUUUCAUUUGGGAAUCUCCACGAUACUGCCCCGCGCAUCAUCCCACUCCUCAAGGCGGUUGGAAAUCGCGUUGACAGGCUAAUUGUGCAUGUUGAUCGGAGCUUAGCACGACAUCUGUCCCUCCCUCAAUGUCCAAGUCUACUCGCAUACGACCAGCGCAUAUACGAGCUGGAUCUGAGGAUACAUGUCCAAGAAUCCAUGUCCUAUGGAUGGCUCCUAAGGGCAGUCUCACGCAUUCCGACGCCAGAAGGUCCCCGGAUUCAAUAUCUUGACCUUCACUUCAACAUCGAUGUCCACCUCAGUCACGGGAACAUUGUGCACAAAGGCCCCGAAUGCGAGGGAUGUGCCUUGCAUCCAACACUGCCUCGAUCUCUUUCCGGACCGGGGGUGCUGGAUGACAUCAUGGCGAGCCUGAAGACUGUCUGUGAUGUGUUGGAUCGUGUCUUACGCAAGAGUGGGGAGUUCUAUUUCUGGGUGAAGAUUGAGAUAUGCUGCUGUGCUCAAUUCGACCCAGACAUCUGGAAGCCCAGACUUCGCCCAUGGUUCCCGAAGAUCAGAAAAUCCUACGCAUUGUUUUCCGGAAUCUAUUACAACAGAAGUGGAAAGUCCAUUGACUAUGGACCGGGACUGGGCCUCUGGUGCAUGCAUUGCGACGAACCCCUCUGGACCGACUUCGCAGGAGUCGCACAGCGAUUUAUACAAGUAUAUGGUACCCAGCAGAGCACGCCUUUAGCGUUGAAUUGCACGGGCACGCAGUCCGUCGCGCAGAUCGCUCAAGCAUGUUGCCAAGCCGGACAGCUACGGCACUCCGUUACCACAUUCCCUCCAGGAGACAAUAUGCAGGACGGUCGCGGAGGAGACGAGGGCCUGGCGACACUGCACAAAACCACAGUCAUAGUCAUAUUCGUCGAGAACCAGUUGAGCUGGUGGAUAUACGCUGCGGAGGUCUCAUCCAGUCGCAGCCCCAAGGCAUCAUGGUUUCGGACAGAUCCACGGGAUCGGAUCGACGAUGGCGGAACGGAGGCACUUCAUCGCUCCAAAUGUUAUCUUGGACUUGGCACAAGGCAGCCCGUAGAAGCAAUAUGGGCCAGUAGACGGAAGCCAUGGAGAUGCAGGCGCAUGCACGCACGCGCCGCGGAGUGGCUGCAUCGAGCAUGUACGCGGGACGAUAACCUCUUAGAGCGAGAGAGACGUGAGGAGAUGGACGGGCCCCAAGGCACGACUGGAUGGGAGACUUUGUCGUCGUGGACGACGUUGGAUGCGACGGCGCACAACAAUAUGCGAUCGGAUGACACGGAUUGCCUACUGGAAAGAGCAGGACAGAGCAUGCCAAGCUCUCGCCGCAGAGGAGCCUGUUCUAUCCAGUGGACAUGUGAGGCGGCGGUCUUUAUGAACAUGCCAUAUCUCGAGACGUCUAUCGUUCGCGACUCCAUUUUCCUCGUUCUCGGUAUGGUACUCGCAGCGUCGCCUACUACGCUGGGGUUCGCAUCAGGAUACUUCUCUGAACGGCCCUGCGAACCCUCCGGUCCAUUCAAAGUAAAGUCUUUGUUAGAGCGGAAGGAUCUGUUCAGAUGGCGGAUGUACCACAUCCCGGAUGAGGGAAUUACGCAUCGCGUCACAAAAUCCGCAGGAGAGGCCGUUGGCACACUGCUGAUGUUCGGCGAGGGAUGCGUUGCACUCCAAUGUUCACCUUCGAGUAUAGACGCGAACGCAGAUCCCGUUCGUCGCUGUGUCAACGCCAAGCUGAUGUAUACUGCCCACCCCGGCGCGGGAGCAACGUGUGCUCGUACGGGCAUCGGAGAUAAUGCGGUGAUAUCAUCGACCACUUCAAACGCAGAGCGCGCAGUGGACGUGUCUGACGUCCUUCUGAUGCUGGUCUCAUCACUUCGCGGAUGCGCAUGCAACGCGGAGGUCACAGGGGCACUGCUGGAGUGCAAUCCACAGCGCCGGGUAUACCUAACCUAUCUCGCCAUGACGGACCGCAAGGCUGUGACCUACGUCCUUCCAUUCAUGCUCACGCACCAGCCAAACGCAGCACACGAUGAGGCUCACGACCAGGAUCAGCGGGCGCUUCCUGCCUCAAAGCGAGUCAAGGACCAAACUGCGGUGCUGCAUCAACCGCGUAUGUCAGAUGAUGGCCUCCGCUUUGAUCACACCAUCAAAUUCGCUGAAAGGUCAGACGAGGAGAUGAGCGUUGCAGCAGCCCACUCGACGACCGUGCAAACAAGGGAGCUAGGACAAAACAUUGUCGUACUGACGGCAACAAGCUCACCAACACUCCCGCGUUCGGAACGCGCUCCGCGUGACACGUCGAGCUCAUCGAUAGGCGACUUCAUGUCGAACACGGAGGCCGCUCUGAGUGACGCGUCGAGCUUAGCAUCAAGCCAGGCUCGUAUUUUACCAGCACCCCGGCAUCCGGACUUCACAGCGAGUGAUGCGUGGGUCUCAUCACCAAGCCCGGCUUCCGCGUGGCAUCCCGAGGAUUGGCAGGAGCUCGAAUUCACAUUCCCCUUCACGGGUCCGGCGCUUCCGGUAGAGAUCUGGGACAUGGUGCUUGACUGCCUUGUCGGUGCGGAGCAUUGGGAGCUUCUCAGGCUCUCACUCGUUCGCAAGCACUGGUGUACCAGGUGCAGACCCUAUCUGGUGCGGAACAUCGUGUUCAACAACCGAGGCGAUGUUCUUCGCGAGUGCCGGACAAGACGGCGUAACUGGAGAGGACCACGCUGCGUGACCAUCAAAGGCGCAGAGAACACGAGGUCGCUCAGCCACCUCGGAUUUAUCGCGGCCCUGUUUGGUCCCAGGUGGACGAACGUGCGCGACGUGGUUAUCGAGCAUGGGGACUGGCGGACGGGCGACUUCCAUCAGGACGUCUUCGACUACCUGCAUAUCUUGCUUGAAGAAAUUGAAGUAUUGAGAGUUCACGAUGUCACGUUUCCAUCGGGUGCUAUUCUUCGCAGCCUCGUCUCCCACACGCGUUUCUUGAAACUGGGAUAUAACGAAACGAGCCGAACUCUCUCUCUGGCACAAAUACAUGUCCAGGACUCCAUUUCCCAUGGAUGGCUCCCAAGGGUGGUCUCAAGCUUGGUGACGUCAGAACGUUCCCUGACUAACUUGAACGACCUUUCGAUUGACUUCGUCAUCGAUGUCCACCUCAGUCACGGAAACAUUGUGCCCAAAGGCCUCGAAUGCGAGGGCUGUGCCUUGCGUCCAGAGCUGCCCUUAUCCCUUUCUGAACCAGGGGUGCUGGAUGAUAUCAUGGCCAAGCUGAAGACUGUCUGUGAUGUGUUAGAUUGUGACUUCGUGAACAAUCCGAGGAUAAUUCCCCCGCCCUUCCGACUCUCGACUGGAAGCAUGGUUCCCGAAGUCAAGGACUUCUGGAGUGCUGAAUGA